AGUUCUCUCAUCUCACCUCACACGUACUUGGCUUUAUUAUAAUCUCAAAUACAGAUUGUGUCACUGAACACAAACAGCCUUAUCUGAAAACGGUCUGCUGCAAACCCUGAAUCAAAAAGAGGAAGUGCUACCUUCCCUCAUGCCACAUCCUCUCAGUUGUGCUUAUCUUCCUUUUUGACCCUCAAACGAUCUUUUUCUUUAAAACUAUUUGCAGUCAGGUCUGUGAUCUCAUUAGAAUACCCUUUUAGAUCAUAGAGCAACCUUCAACAUUUUGCAAGCGGAUUUUGAUAGUUCGUAGAGUUAACAUCGUGUAAAGGAAUUCACAUCAGCAGAACUCCCCUGGUCCCUUUUGUGAUUGCUCUCACUAAACUAAAGGUCAGCAAAGUGUUUACACCCACCUAUUGGAGGAGAGAUGGAGGCCGCUGUUUUUGAAUACCAAAAAAAGGAAGAUCCCCUGGAGGUUGAGACUUUUCAGGGAGAAAAAAGAAAGAUCAUACAGCCGACUUCUUUAAAAGACCCCAAGCUUGAAAACCUAAAACAGGCAUUGAUUGAUUGGAUCAAUACCAGUUUGAAAGCAGAACACAUCGUUAUUCAGAGUCUGGAGGAGGAUCUUUAUGAUGGACUCGUACUUCAUCACCUGCUGUCCAGAUUAGGUGGUGUGAAAUUAGACGUGGAUGAAAUAGCUCUGACCAGCUCUGCUCAGAUCCACAAGCUGGAAGUUAUCAUGGAAGAGCUCAACAAGAGGCUGGGUGUGGAGGACAGCAGCCUGAUCAAAUGGGACGUCAAACUCAUCCACAACAAAGAUCUCCUGGCUACAAUUCAUCUGCUGGUUGCCAUGGUGAAAGCUUUUCAGCCAAAGCUAAAUCUGCCACUGAAUGUGAAGAUUGAGGUUGUUAUAGUAGAGGUUAGCAAGAAUGGGAUCAAAUCUGAGGUGCAGACUGAAAUUCUGACUGGAGACGGCAGCCGAACUGACACAGACUCCUCUAGCAAUCCUGAAGGGGAAGAUCCCAUUGAGCGACUGCUGAGGCUGGAGGCUAACAAGGUCAACACAGUGAAGAAGGCCAUCUUACACUUUGUCAACCAGAACAUUGGAAACCUGGGUCUGCAGGUGGCUGAUAUGGACAAACAGUUUGCUGAUGGAGUGAUACUGCUGCUGCUGAUUGGUCAACUGGAAGGCUUCUUUAUCCCACUGUUUGAGUUCAACCUGACCCCUGUUAAUGACGCUGAGAUGCUCCAUAAUGUGACCUUAGCACUGGAUCUUCUGAAGGAUAUUGGCCUGCAGUUGCCCAAUAUUGAUCCACAAGAUAUUGUCUCUCAGGAUAUCGCCGCCACCUUGAAGGUCCUUUACAGCCUUUUUAAGAAGCACAAAAAAAACUGAGGGAGAGGAUGCUGGAUGAAGAUAAACUGAAUGGAAAUGCAGAGAAACUAGGGGGAAGUGUUCGAUGCAGCUAAAGCUGUAUCUUGUGUUUAUUUGACAUUUUUAUUUUUUGUUGUUUGGGAUCUAUUUGUAAAAAAAAA